GCGUUCACGCAUAAAAGGCGCAAAUGGAUUUCAACAUAACGCUCUCGGAGCGCGACCUGGUCGGCUGGAGCGCACUGGCGCAGAGACUCUUCGGGAAUCACUCCCUGGCUCAGUUUGAAAACAGCACGGCCGCUUCAAUCACAGAUGAGGAAGACUUGGAAGUCAACACGAACGUUUACGCGAAGGUGAUCGUGACUGUCAUCUACGUGGCUCUGUUCGCUGUGGGCUCCCUAGGCAACUCCAUCACUCUGUACACGCUGCUGACCAAAAAGACCCUGCAGAACCUGCAGAGCACCGUGCAUUACCACCUGGCCAGCCUCGCCGUGUCCGACCUGCUCAUCCUCAUACUCUCUAUGCCCAUCGAGCUCUACAACUUCAUCUGGUUCCACCACCCGUGGGUGUUCGGGGACGCGGUAUGCCGAGGUUACUACUUCCUCCGGGACAGCUGCUCUUACGCCACCGCGCUCAACAUCGCCAGUCUGACCGUGGAGCGCUACAUGGCCAUCUGCCACCCGUUCAAGGCAAAGAGCAUCAUGUCCCGCAGUCGCACCAAGAAGCUUAUCAGCGCCAUGUGGCUCGCGUCCUUCGCGCUGGCCACGCCGAUGCUCUUCAUCAUGGGCCAGGAGGUGCGCAAAGGCGAGAAGAUCUGCACGCCUGUUGUCUCCCUCGUCACCAUGAAGACGGUUCUUCAGGUAAAUGCCUUCCUGUCCUUCGUGGUUCCCAUGGUGGCCAUAUCUGUGCUGAAUGGGGUCAUAGCCAAUCAGCUGCUGCGGAUGUUCCGUGAGGCAGAGCAAGACAACCGAGUUUGCAUCGUCGGAGGAAAUCCCACCACGCUCAACGUCACAGUGGAGCCCAACCGUGCUCAGUCACUUCGCCAUGGAGUACUUGUUCUCAGAGUGGUGGUUGUUGCCUUCGUGGUCUGCUGGCUGCCCUAUCACGCUCGCCGCCUUAUGUUCUGCUACGUCUCCGAAUGGUCUGAGGACUUGUACGAUUUCUACCACUAUUUCUACAUGGUGACCAACGCCCUGUUCUACGUCAGCUCGGCCAUCAACCCCAUCCUCUACAACCUGGUGUCGGCCACCUACCGCCAGAUCUUCUUCGCCACGCUGCGCUACUUCUGCAUGCCCUGCCAAAACACGCCCAGGAGGCGCCCCCACCCGCUGACCCGCCACUCCAUCAGCAUCUCCAGCAACCACACCCUCUCCACCAACAUCAUCAAAGAGACGGCGUACUGAUCGCGCUGCACUGACACACAAUUUACCACAAAAAAAACCCCAUCUGCUUCUGCUGCUGCUUUGUGAUUACUUGUCCGACGUCACCAAGGAAAUCUGGGCGUCAGAGUCUGUGCAACAGUUAAUCCACUGCAGUGGUGGCCAUUAUUGAUGUGAUAUCGAGGCGUCACACUGACGCUGCUGUGAUUCCAUUUCUGAUUGUGUCAUCAGUUAUCGUCUGCUGUGUCUUUACGGAGCAUAAAAUAGUGUAAAAAAAUAUGUCGAAAAGGAAUAGUGAAAAAUGGGGGGAAGGGAUGGUGGACAUGAGCAGAAUUAACACUUUAAAUUAAACAAAUGAAGUUGAUAUAUAAAUGUUUUCUAAAAUGUGAUUCUAUAUGCGCAUGUUUUUACUGAUCAUUCACACCUGCUUGAUCGGGAGACACCACGACUUGGAUCAACUGAGCAUGCCAGGGUUCUCUAAAGAGACACGGGUCCGUAAAAGUGCUUGAAUUUUGUUAAGUUAAUAUUUAGGUAAAUGUUUGUUACGAUGCCGCCCACCUAGGCCUACGCAGAACAAACGUGGAGUCACAAUUACCAGCGGUGUUGUGGACAAUGUCCACUGUCUCUCUCCACCUUCUACGUGAGAUUCCGUGCAGAACAAUGAGCGAGUAACGCUAAGAUCUCUCUCUCACCAAAGAAAAUUUACAAAGACCGACUUUGACCAAGAUCCCAUGGACAAUCACUUGUCCAGAUGCAGAGCGUGCUGUGAAUCAAUAAAAGUGGACGCCGUGGGCGAAGACGAGCUCUUACAAGUUGCCCUCCCAUCUUAGGCUGUGUCCGCACAAUUGGUCCUUAGAUUUGAGGGAAUUGGCCCUGGAAAUGGUUAGGGUUGAGGUUACAUUGGUCAUGUGUUUUUUUUCCAGGAAUCUUGUGAAGUAGAAUGUUGCAUUGUCACAUCUCUGACUGAUGUGAGGGAAGAAUCGCCUUCAUCAUUUUUUUUUGGUUUUAAUUAAAAUGCGACAGUCCAGACUACAGCCAGAUUAACCCUAGUCUGAAGACAAUGAGGCAAAAUAGAGAAUCUCUGAAAUAUGAACGCUGUAAUCAAAUCAUGAUUCAGUUAUAAACUGUGACUGAUUGGGUUUUUCCAUUGUCUUGUUGUAUCUGUUUGAGAACAUUUAAAAUGCCAUGCAUUUCUGUCAAUCAUUUCCAUCAUGUAUGGUUGCUAUGGCAACCCAAUGCUGACCACUUGUGAGCAGUUGUGUGCCGUGAUGGGACGCACACUUCCCGCUCCUCGACGUCAACAGUGAAUCCACCUCUGCCACUCUGUCAGCAUUCAUCUGUUUCAAGGCCACACUUUGUGAUUAUCAUGUGUUUAUUUAUCCAGGUCAUAUUUUGUAUGUGUUCAAAAUUUAGCAAAAAUACAUAGUUGAGUGUAAACACAUGGCUGACGUCAGCUGCAAUUGAAAGUAUUAAGUGUUUGUCCCUGGCUGUCGCUGUGGUGACCGUGUUACACGAACACAUGGAAAAAUAAUAAAAACAAACAACGAUUUUGUAGAUUAGAUUGAUCUAAGUUGUAUGUGUUUAAACAAGUGUCUGUGCAGGUUUGUGAUUCUCUCUAAACUAAAUACUGUUAUAUUCACGGACUGUAAAUAAAAACCAACGUCAUUUUCAUGUGAUUUAUAACGUCGGUAAACAUUUUCCUGAGGACAUUAGGGUGUUAUGACGUCCAUUUGGUAAAUGAUGGUCCUAUUGAGAGUAAAACAGACUCUGGUUGCAGUGGAUGUAUCUGUGGACGAGCUCUCUCCCACUUCUCCAAACUGUCCCUUCUAUAAUUUCUAUAAUGUUCUGAGGAUUCAAGCUGACAAAAUGAAUGAUUAUGCCACUUAUGCCUGGUGUUAUGUGGCUCCAGAUGUUGGUGUUCAUUCAUUUUCUUUAUCAUUUUCUUUUCCUUUCACCGUGUUAUGACAGUGAUGUUCUCCUCUAAUGCACGUUUUUGUCCACGAUUGUUUUCUAGUGUAUUCAUUAUUGUGCUGCUGCACAGAAAGCUGACUGGAAAUGCAGGAAGACAAAUGUGCAGCACAUACUUUCAAAGGAGGAAAUUAAUCAUUGUGCAAUUGUGUAAUUUAAUGUGUCUUUUAUGAAUGAAAAUGGUUUGAUUUUUGUAUGUUUUUCUAUGUGUUAAACUACUGUUUUGUCCUGUACUUUUCUUUCAUGAAUGAUGUUGCAUGUUGACACACAGUAAGUGAUUGGUGUAAAAAUGACGAUCACUAACAUUUCGUGUCCUGUCUUAGUUAAAAUGCAACUGGAAAUCAAAUCAAAUUAUGUCAUUUUCCUAAUAUUUGUACAUAAUUUACUGCAUUUGUACAUCAUUUCAUAUUUUUAGGAUUCUCGUAUAACAUAUACAUUCACUUUAAUGUUCAGUACGUUAACAUUUGGAAAGGUUUAUCGAUAGAAAUUGAAUAUACCACCCUUAAGUUUGUUUGUUAGAGUAUAUAAUCACUGUAAAAGAGCCUUAUAAAAAGUCUUUUACACAUUCUGCGCUGUCAUGUUUCCACAGACGCUGAAAACAAACCACCACAUAUUGUUUAUGCCUUUUGCAUUUUUGUCAAACUUUUCAAACUUGAAAAGCUUGGCAAACAUAGGCACGAGCAGAGGAGUCCAGGUACAGGUGUAGCAGUCUGCAGUCGCACCACUAGAAGUCUCUAUUUCUUACUCACUGGACUUGAUUUGUGAGUCAAAUUUACUUUGAAAGUUCAUUCUUGAGUCAAACAGAUGGGAGCGGAUUCCCUCGAGAUGUUCACCAGAUAUCAAACUUAAAAAAAACAUUUGACAGAUUAACAAAUGUCAGAAUUACUGCAUGUUGAGCUUUAUGUCUUCAUAGUUUCUGUGUGAGAAAGUUAACGCACGUCACAGUUAAUUGUGUCUGAGACACAAGCGUGUUUGCCUGCAGCAUCACUGCUGCUCCUGUGGGCCAGAGAGAGCCGCACUUCAGCCACUGAGCCGCUGCCAGCUGCUGAUGUUUUCCCAACAGCAGAUGCUUGAGAAAAUCAGUGGCAAAACAUGGACAUUUCUAUUUCUAUUAACAUGGGAAAAUGAUGGCUGUGAAACAAUCUGGACUUUUCUUCAGGCACAGGGAGGAUCGGAGCCGAGGAUUAAGCAAAUGUAUUCCUCACAUCCAUGACUCAGCAUCAGCGUUUUUGUGAAGGCCAUUUUAAAAUGACAGCACAGGAUGCUGUGACUGGCAUGUGAACACAUUUUGACCUCAAAACUUGGAGAGAAAGGCUUUGACUCAAGGAAGAAGCCAUUAAAAUGUGGUUUAGACUUGAAAGGGAGUGUGGAUCCAGGUUUAUUUUACUUACCACUGUCUUCAUCCUCACCAGACAGGGUGUUUAUUGACACUUCAGUAUAGCAAAUAAUAUACAGUAUGAGUAUAUACAUAUAUAUGUAUAUAUAUAUAUAGAGAGAGAGAGAGAGAGAGAGCUUGGAUAAAGUUGUCAAACACCUCCCCAGUGGUUAACUAGACAGCUAUACUGAAUGGAAUAUAUGUUUAAAAUGACUGUAUAUCCCUUUAAAAUAUAUAAAACAAUAAAUCAAUCACAUACCGGCCUUGAGAAGUGUAUACACUUGCAGAUAACAGGGAUCAGGUUCAUUCUGAGGACAGAUUCAUGUAUUAUGUGAUUUUUAUUUUUUUUACUAUAACAGCACAAAUAUUGAAAAACAAUCUACUCCAGCAACAUUCUUUAACCGCCAGUUUUCAAUAUCACAAUAUCUGAAAAAAAACGGCGUCUUUAUCAGUUUGUUUUGGAAAUACUUGUCCAUGUGUUGAACACUGAGGAGAGUGUUCCAUAAUUACAGACUGAGCUUCUCUAUAUGAUGGUGUAGAAUCAA